CGAAGCUGCCCUGGGAGGAGGGACCCAGCGCUGCAUCCCCGGACAAUGCCCGACCUCCUCAGCCUGCUGCUGGCCGCGCUGUGCCUUUUCCUGGCCGGGUGGCUGCUGCGGAGCCAGCGCUGUCCCGCGGCCCGCCCGGCCGGCAGCUGCAGCCGCUACUCGGCCCCGGGGAGUUGCUUCCAGCUGAAGAAAUGGGCCAUGUGGGGGGUUCUCUCCCUCGCGUUCCGCCGGCGCCGGAGAGCGAGGGGCGCCGCCCGGCGGGCGCAGACGGACACAGGAGCCGGCCGCGGGGCGGAGGAGCGGGAGCGGCUGCAGGGACUGGUCUGCGAUGCCCAUGCCCUGGAUUCAGUUUACUUCACUGGGUUGACAGAAACUGACAAGACUUUUGUGAUCACUCGUCUCGGAAGACGUCCGAAUGGGCUCUGUGAAAUGUGGCUCUUCCUCCGUGUGGAUGGAAUUGGAGAGUUUGAACACCCAGUACAUCCGGACAUGAUGGUGAGUGAUGAAUCUGAAAAAUGCUGGCGUGGCGGAGGGCUGAUGAUUGAGUGCUUACAGCCACACAGAUGCUGGAAAAUAAAAUUCAAUGGACGACUCAGAAAAGGACCGUAUCGGCAUCAGUGGAAUGAAGAGGAGGGCGAACUUGUCCACGUUAAAUUCUCUUUCCACUGGACUUCCUUUUCAGAUAUAUUUGACUUUAACCUUGACAGUCACCCGAAAGCGUUUGCACAUGCCUUUGCUUUGGAAAAGUGGAGUGCAGAGUUCUUCCGGAGAGUCAAAGAAGAUGGGGAACAACAUUCUCGUUAUGAACAAUGGGGCCAGUCUAUAGGAGAAAUUGAAAUUGAAGGUCAUGGGAAGAAAGAGGUCUCUCUGAGAGGCGUUCGGAGCCACUCGUAUGGCAUCCGAAACUGGGAUGAGAUUUACCGAUAUGUCAUGAUUUUGAUGCAUUGUGAGGAUGGGACGUCAGCCCACUUAACUAUUAUUUGUAUACCAGCAACUACAACACAUCUCGCUGUAGGUUAUGUUCUUUUCCCUGAUGGGAAGAAGGCUGGCAUUGACUGGUCCAGUGCCUCCCUGGCUGAAAUGGCGGAUGAUGGUUUUAUCAGAGAUUUAUACCAAGUCAGUUUCACUGCAGGCGGCCAGUUCUUUGAGGUUUGUGCUAUACUGGACAAGCAGGCUCGCCCUGUGGUAUAUAAUGGUUUAACCGGAACAGGCGUAUUCCAUGAGUGCAUUGCUGAUUUCCAACUGAAUCAGACAGUUCCAGGCUGGGGCUUGGUUGAAUUUUAUUACAGAGAUGCAGCUGGACAGCUUAUUCCUAAUUCUGGCUCUACGUUGAAGGAGCCAUCCAUUCCUGCCAGCUCCCAAUUCACUGAAGAGCACUCUCUAUGUACCAGGGACGUGGGGGGCAAAGGAGCCCAGCUAGAUCAGCUCACAUAGUUACAAGAGCAGCUCAGGAACAAGGUGGACCCCAUCUCUGCUUAGAAGUCCUUCUUCCUGGAACAGCAUCCCGUGGUCAAGGAAGCCGAAGCCCUUCUGCUGACACCGUCCUCGCAGCCAGGCAUUCACCUCCAGGAUGCAUCUGUCUCCGCCUGGACCCCUACCCUUGACCAGAAGGACUUAAGAGAACACCACCGGCACUCCUAACUCCUUCACCCUUACUCCCAGAACCCUGUAGUCACUUCUGAUCUGCCGAGGGUCAUACCUCGCAGUAUCAUUAGUGCCCACAUGGAUGAGUUGCAUGGGGUAGUAGUCAGAAGACCAGAUGAUUCUUGACAAUCCCUCCAACAAUCUCCUUGAUUUCUUGGUCCCUAGAAGUCACUACAAAAUGGUCACAGAACAUUUUGUGGUAAACUACCCAGAUUUGUUAGUCUGUCUACAAUUGUACCUGAAGCAGAAUCAAAAAAAGUAAGAGACUGUGACAGCACUUCUUUAAAAGGGAUAUCCAUCAGUUAACUCAAACCUACAACGCUAUGUGCAAAUAUUAAAUAGUCAUACCAAAACUUCUAGUAGAAAGUUUAUGGUUUAUAUCUAAGAAUACAAAAAUUUCUUAUUAAAAAUAAAGUAUCAGAGGGGUAGCCGUUGUUAGUCGGGAUCUGUAAAAGCAGCAAACAGUCCUGUGGCACCUUAUAG